GAAGGGACAGAGGUGGGGGGGCAGUGGGGGCAGUGGCAGCCCCAUCCCCUGCCUGGGGCAUUCUGGCACCGCCACCAUCAUGGGCAGUGCUUUCCACUGGGAGGCCCGUCGUAGGCAGGUGGCUUUGGUACAGAGGAGGCAGCAGAUGCAGCAACAGCAAGAGAAGUGCACAGCUCCCAAGCUAGGAGGGAGGUGCUCAGCCCGAUGUUUCUCGGGAGGGGCUGUGCCGGGGGCAGUGUCACAGAGAAACAAUGCUCGGGGCUGUGGUGGGUGGAGGAAGACAGCGCAUGCUCCAGCCUCAGUCUCCAGCUCCAGGGAGCAGAGGGCCCCUCUCCCUCUGGAUCUGCUUGUCUUGCUCCCUGUGAUGCCUGGCAGAUGGGUGCCCAGGUGGGAGGGAGGAGGCUGUCACUUGCUGGGGUCUUCUUGCCAGGAACGGAAGAAACCCCAAGAGGGGAAAUGCCAACCUGAGAAACGAACCCAGCCAUCUCAGGAGUCACAUCAGGAGCCAGGGCCAUCGCAGGUACAAUCGCCACCACCUAAGCAACCACAGCCGCCCCCGCCAAAGCCAGCGGAGCAGCCACCGCCCCCGCCCCCGCCGCCGCCGCCACCAUCGCCACAGCCACAGCCACAGCCACAGGCACAGCCACAGCCACAGCCUCCACCUCAACCAAGGCAACAAAAUGCCCAAGACCCUCUUACUCAGCUCUGUGCCAAGCACACACUCCAGGAUUCCCAAAAGCCUGGUCCCCAGCUUGACUCAAUGGGGACCCAUCAAACUAAAGGACAAUCCAACUGCUUUACGGAUAAAUUCCAAGGAGAGCAGAGAAUCCCUCCAGACCCUGAUUUCAGCAGACCAGGCCAAGCCUGCCUAGCUAAGUACACCUGGAGGCCACGCUUCACGAGAGAAGAGAGAAACAUCAGUGAGAAUUGUGGGGAGUCCAGAGCCGAUGCAUGCAUCUGCAAGGUAGAUGGUGACAGAGAUAACUGGCGCCUUCCUAGACCCCUGGCCAGAGGCGGAAAUUCCACACCUCUCAUGCCCUCCGCCCUCCCCCCACUAAACAGCUGUAUGAAAGAAGUACCUAUGCCCCCUUUUUGGCGCGAACUUCCCUGGCCCACCCUCGGACCAGCGAAUUUUGCCCAGGAGCGCAAGAUUAAAACCUCCCCCUUUUAA